UUUCAGUUCCAGGCUAAGAAGGACUGAGUAAUUACGUGACAGCUUAAAUUAGGUAGGUAGAUUUCUGCUGGUGUGGUUCAGUAUCGUGAUCCUCAGCAUGGCAUUUAUUCUCUCUCUCUCUAUCCGGCAUGAUGUCAGUGUCCUUGCUGUUGUUGAGAUGAUGUUGAAUUGAUGAGCUGUCAUUAAAGUCAGCUAUUAUGAAUACGUCCAUUCAUAAAAUGAGCCAAUGCUGUUAUGAUAAACAGCUAGAAGUGCAAUUGCUAUCAAGGCCCUGUUUUUGUCAUUGUCUUAAUGAUAUCAUUAUGAGUCAUUUGUUUUAAAAGUUUCCAUUUAUCAGCACACAUGAAUUUUAAUUUGAUGAGUGCAGCAAAAUUAAGGCGGUGAUAUCCACUGCGUUUAAUGCAUGAAUACAGCCCCUGUGUGCUUCCUUUCACCCUUCAUUCAUUCAUUCACUCAUGUUUCUGGAAAAUCUAUCUAGCAGACAUUAAGGUUAACAAGGUAACUUUAUCAUGCACUGAAUUUGGUCUUAUUUUGCACAGUUUUAGUGUAUUAGACAUCUCUGUGGUUAACCAGUUACAGUGGUAAUGUAUAGUGCUUUAAGUGUCUGUUGUCUCUGGGGUUAACCAUUCACAGUGUUAAUGCCCAGUAUGUUAUGUUAAUAUGUUGGUAAACUUAACAAAUUAGUGAUAACGGGUGAGUGUGACACCACCAUCAUAAAGUUCAAGUGUAACAGCCUUGUCCCCUGCUCUAUCAACUAGUGAUGGACCAUAUGACUCAUUUACAGAAUCGAUUCUUUUGAAGUACCAGUUUGCGUCAUUGAGCGCGUGUUUUGAUUCAUUUGAGUCACCAAGCAUCAGUAGUAGAAGACGGGGCUGUUCGUUGUUAAAACCUAAAUGUUUAGUUAUCAAUGAAUCAAAAUAUUUUUGGCUACAGCUGUACGUCCUUAACAUAAUAAACUACAGAAAGCGCCUUUAAUGUGUCUUUUACAUGAAGGUGUGAAUAUAGUGUACUUUUUAGGCUCACUAAAGUACAACCCCAGCGACACGGAAUGGUUUAUUUGUCUGAGGGUGUAUAGUAGUAAAUAUCAAAGUAUGGCAAUAUUGUAGCCUAAGAUAAUCUGUGGUUGUGAUUUAGGAAACGUACACCUUGGUUCAGUAUUUCGGAUGUAAGGGCAACUUUCGAUUCGUUCGCUCGUGCGAAUCGAUUCACUCGAACCCAUUCAAAAUAUUUCAGACAGAAACGAUUCGUCCAAACGGUUCGUCUCCGAUCAGUGCAAUCCGCCCCCACCUAGAAGGAAGGACGGAGGGAAGCAGCGCUCACACACUCGAGAUGGCAAAAGCAGAUCAGCGCUUCGGACAAAGAGAUGGCUCCGACCAGAACUUUGACUACAUGUUCAAGCUCCUCAUUAUAGGCAACAGUAGUGUGGGCAAAACCAGCUUUCUAUUCCGAUAUGCAGACGAUUCGUUCAGCAACUCAUUUGUCAGCACUGUUGGCAUCGACUUUAAAGUAAAAACUGUCUACCGCAAUGACAAGAGGGUCAAACUUCAAAUCUGGGAUACAGCAGGUCAGGAGCGUUACAGGACCAUCACCACCGCUUACUAUAGAGGAGCAAUGGGCUUCAUUCUCAUGUAUGACAUCACCAAUGAGGAGUCGUUUAAUGCAGUACAGGAUUGGGCAACCCAGAUUAAGACCUACUCAUGGGACAAUGCUCAGGUUAUUUUAGUGGGAAAUAAAUGUGACAUGGCUGAUGAAAGAGUGAUACCUGUGGAGAAAGGCAAGCACUUGGCUGAUCAACUUGGUUUUGAGUACUAUGAGGCAAGCGCCAAGGAAAACAUCAACGUCAGGCAGGUGUUUGAGCGUCUGGUGGACAUCAUCUGCGUGAAGAUGUCUGAGCGAGUGGACGCAGACCCGUCCAUGAUCAGUGGAGCCAAGACCACUCGGCUUAGUGACAAGCCGACGCAGCUACCUCAGAAUUGCUGCUGAUUUAGCCUGUUUACUCUGCUGUCACAUGCUAGACUAUUGUGCUGAUCCUGUCUUUCCAUCUGCUUUCCAUUUCCAUCCAUUUUUUUUUAUUCCUCACAUGUAGUAGUGUUACAUGUAAUUUACUGUUACUUCUACACUGUCACUUUUAGCACAUCUCUAACUAAGGGUCAGAGUGAGGUCAAAGCAGGGACUCCAGCAAAGCACAAAAAAGCACAUGCUCACUGCCAGACACAGAUAUCUCACAUGAGUAAAUCAGACCUCAAAAGGUGUAUUAUUUUAGCAAAGACGGUGCUUAAAGUUCACCUAACACAAUCUCUCUGCUUCUUUUCUUCAACUGUUGCUCAGUAAAAGAGCACAAGUAUCACCUAAACUCAGACAAUUACAGAGUGGCCAUAACAGUUAUAUAUUAUGCACAAUAAUGGUCUGUUGUUUCAGGGUGGGUUUGAUGUUCUGCUUUUUUAACCUUUGCAGAACCACAGGCUGGUGGGUUCUUAUAAAGUUAUUUCACUGCCAAAAGUCAAGAGCACAAAGUUUUGACUGGUUAUUAAGAGACCUUUCACUCUUGCUCAUAUUUACUUUGCUGUCAUACCAAAUUAAAUGUCCAGGCUCAAAUCUGUUACGCUUGGGUGAGAGAGGGAAGAAAAAGCAUUCACCCUACCAUCAGGAGAUUGAAUCUGCCUACUAUGCCACAGCAAUCCAUGAUAACAAACCAUAAAUGACCACCACAUUAUCAGUUGUGAGCAUCUGUGAGAGGGCAUCGUUUAUGCAGUAUGUCCAGAUACCGCUUUCCUCCUAGUGUGUUCAGCUGCCAUGUGACAGAGCGUAAGCGGAAAAGUCUCAGAGGAAGCACUUGCAAGUUUUCCUCCUUAUUGUUUAAAUGGGGGGGAAAAAAUCACAUUCAGAAAAUGUAAAGCAAUCUCAUCCUGCUCACUCUCAAACAUUUUUACGGUCAUAUGUUUUCAGUGCCUGUAAGCAUUUAUUGGUUCUUGCUACUGAUUAUUGACCACUCCAACUGCCCAGCAUCAGCAAUAUUGUAUCAGAAUGGGAGGAGCUUAUCUAGAUAUCCUCCUACUGUUAAAUUGUAGGGAAGCUGAAACCCAUUCUGAUUGGCUGACGACUUUCGGUAGUGAUGUUGCACCAAAGCAUGAAAAAGGAAACCUCAGCGGGUGAGCACAAAAAAGUAUACGUGAGAAAAAUGAAUUUAACUUGUACUUGUACACAUGUAUUGUUGAGUAUCUAAAGCUAACGGCUACUAAAGCUAAAGUGCUCUACAUUUUUGGCAAUAAAAUAACACCAUAGGUUCCUUUGAAAACCUAUAAUAGGCACAAUAUAAUGUGUGGGUUUGGACAUAUGGAGCACUUUGCAAAUGUUCAGUAUAUCAUGAUAGAUCAAAAGUAGUUUAGUACUUGCAUGAAUCAAGCUGAGUAGCCUACAAAUAGUCUUAUGAAACAAAAAUCAAAUCCCUACAUGUUCUCUUGCAUCAAAGUGAGUAUUUUCUUGUGGAAUAUAUGUAACUAUAUAUUUGAAUGUUGUGUGUGUGCGUGCGUGUGUGUGUGUGUGCGCGUACUGACCAUAUGGAUCCGUAAGGUGAUAUUCAGGUUGUUACUGCACAUAUUUAUGCUUCAUUUACAGUGACAACACAUUCAAAUAUCUUUAGAGAUGCCAGUAUAUGUAUAUUUGUGCCACGACUGAUUUAUAUUUCAGAAACGUAGCAAAUCCUUGUGGAGUUCUACAUGUAUCACAUACAUUGAGUUUUCACUUGAGUGAUGUAAGCAUUUAUGAAUAAUGUUUUAUGUAACUACUUUGAAAUUAAUUUUACAUGAGAUAUUUAUAAUUGAGAUGUUGUAAGCUAUCAAGCUGGUCUUUGCUGAGUAGAUAUUUAUUUUUAUGCUAUAAUUGAAGCUGGGAACAUAUAGAUGUACUGUAACUUUGCUGUCAGUAAUUUUUUUUCUGGUAGAAAAAUUUGCACAAGGAUAUAGAGUGAUUGUACAGACCAUUGUAAAAGUUGGUUUUAGAUGCACUUUGUAACAAUAAAAGUACCACUCACACCA